AGGCUCGAGCAAAAACAACAUUUUCUCUUCCCAUGGGAUCAGUUAUAAAAGAAGUGGCAAUGCAACGAGCAACUUACUUUCUUGGUCUUAACCAAUGAAAGGUAGACUCACGAAAGGCUUGCAAACAUUUCUGGAAAGAACACAGGCUGGCUUGUUCAGCUCUAUAUGGUCAGUCGCUGUGUUUCUGUGGGAGCAGAGGAGCAGAGUGGUUAGUGAAGGUAAGAAAAAGGAGACAGUGGGCCUUGUAACUGCUAACAUUUUCUGCCAUUUAUCCUGUCACUCUUUCUUAGCCCUUUAUUACUAGAAUGCAGAUCCAAUCUUACAAUGUCUAAAAUGCUUUCGCAGCUUACCAAAUCAGAGGUGGGAGGAGACAAAGCAAACUAUCAGUGGAGUUGGAUGAUAAAAGAGAAAUAAAACCAAACACUCUCUUCUCUUACCUCCUCAGGUUUACAUUUUGGCCAUUUCUGAAGCAUUUUUUUACCUGAAAUUUUGAGUGGUCUGAUCAAAUUUUUGUUGUAUGGUUUAUUCAGUCCUUUUUCACUAAUCCUACACAAGUUGAGCUUCUUCUUUUAAAAGCCUAAAAACCUAAGCAGAAUUUUGCAGGAACAGCACACAGCUCUUGAAUUCAGUUACAGUGAUGGCAUUUUAGAGACGAUACAAUCACAAUCAAUUCCAUUUGGACUUGGCUCUCAAUUAUUCAGUUCAGCGAACUUGCGAUAGGUGUUGUUCUUUGUGGCAGGACAUUUUCAAAGUGAACAUGAGCUACAGUGAUGAUGCUUUUUGAAACACCACCUGAGUGAUUUGGGAAAAGCUGUCAGAAUUAAGGAGUGCAUUCACAGAAUGCUGUCAGAAGGAUAUCUCAGUGGACUUGCCUAUUGGAACGACGUCCACUGGAACUGUGCCUCUCAUAAUGAGCAAGUGGCUGAGGAAAAGGGAGAAGAGACAAAUGCUGAUGCCGUCCUUUCCUACUCCUCUGUGGACGAAACACAGGUCAGAAGUCUCUACGUGAGCUGCAAAUCCUCUGGCAAGUUUAUUUCUUCAGUGCAUUCAAGAGAGAGCCAACGCAGCAGAAACCAGAGAGUCACAGUGCUGCAGACAAACCCCAAUCCUGUGUUUCAAAGGCCAAGCUUGACCACAGUUGAAAUCUGUGGAGACCACAGUACCAGCAGAGAAACCUACCUGGUACCACCUUCCUGCAAAAGUAUUUGCAAGAAUUACAAUGACUUACAUAUUGCAGGGGGCCAGGUGAUGGCCAUUAAUUCAGUGACAACAGAUUUUCCCUCCGAGAGCAGUUUUGAAUAUGGCCCUUUGCUGAAGUCAUCUGAGAUUCCUUUGCCCAUGGAGGAUUCCAUUUCUACUCAGCCCAGUGACUUUCCCCAAAAACCUAUCCAGCGCUACUCAUCCUACUGGAGAAUAACCAGCAUCAAAGAAAAAAGUAGCCUGCAAAUGCAGAAGCCUAUUUCUAACGCGGUGCUGAAUGAGUACCUGGAGCAGAAGGUGGUAGAGUUAUAUAAGCAAUACAUUAUGGACACCAUGUUUCAUGAGAGUUCUCCUACCCAGAUUCUGGCAUCUGAACUCAUCAUGACAAGUGUGGACCAAAUUAGUGUUCAAGUGUCUAGAGAGAAGAACCUGGAGACUUCCAAAGCCAGGGAUAUAGUCAUUAGCCGCCUGUUACAGUUGGUGUCAAGUGAAAUCAGCACUCCUAGUCUUCAUAUUUCUCAGUAUAGCAGUAUGAAUUCAUAGAGAGGAUGCUUCCAUUCUCCUUUCUCAGCUACUCAAACCCAAAGUAACACUUUAUUACAUUUAUUCUGAGAAAGUCCAGGAGGAGGUUCUGAAGAGAGUCAAGAGCUAGAGAAGUAAAGGUUGGCUGGAAGUCAGGUGUGAAUUAAGGCGAAAGCUCAUAAUAUUACACCUGAUGGAAGAAUGUGUGAAGAGGAGCUAUGAAGAAUUAUUUCAAAGAGACGGUUGUACAGCAAAUUAAGCAAAAAUAAAAAUGAUCAAAAAAGAAAAGGUUAUGACUCAUUUAAGGGGGUAUAGAAAUUGAAACAGAAGAAAAAACAAGCCAAAUAAGAAGGAAACACAGCAAAGGCAAAACUGAAAAGUCAAAAGGUUUCAGGGUAACUAGUUAUGAAUAUGUUUGUUACCCAGAUACAUUCCUCCAAGUUGCUUCUCCUUGGGGGAAAAGGACUGUGGGAGGCUGUUACAUUUGGGUAGAAAGACGGCUUCAAACAUUUUCCAAAAUAAAUGUUUAUAUUGUUUCUCUAGUCUGUGUCAGUAGAUCAUUUAAAGAUACAGCUCUGUAAAAUGAAAAUUGUAGCAAAUUGCAGUUGUUUUUAGUUUUGAAUGAUUAUUUAGCCAUAGCUAUGGCUAGAAAAUAGCCACUCAAAUCCCGUAAUUCUGUUUACUAGUGAGGAGAAAGUUUUCUAAUUGAAAAAUGCCACUUAGUAACCCUUUAAAAUAUCUAGUUUUAUUUUGCUGUAUAUGAUUUUCUUGGGAUACUAAGCUUCAAAAGAAACUACGAAUCUUAUUUUUAUCCAUUGUUUUCCUCUUCCUUUUCUCCAUGCUGUUUUGAUCCUUUUAGAUCCUCAAAACAAGGUUAGCAAAACCAAAAACCAAACCCAUUG